AUGAGUAAAGAUAGCGAAACAUCGGUUCAAAUAAAUAUAUAUGAAGAAUACUUUAGUGAAGAAAUCACACUCAAUUUAUCAUCCAAGGAGUUAAUAUCUGUUCCAGAAACUAAUAACAGAUAUUUAUGUGUUCUUUAUUUACAAAAUAAUAAGUUAAGAGCACUUCCUGAUGAUUUCUUCCCAUCUCUACCUAAUCUUAAGUGGCUGGACUUAAGAAAUAAUGAAUUAUUGGAUAUUCCACAAACUAUAAAAAAUCAUAGAUCGCUAACUCAUUUUCUUUUACAAAAUAAUAAAGUCACGUCUUUACCAAAUGAGUUGGGAACUGUAACGACUUUAAAAGUACUUCAAUUAAGCGGAAAUCCAAUAAUGUAUCCGCCAAGAGAUAUAAUUAACGCGGGAACUUCAAAAAUUCUAUGUUUUCUCCAUAAUAAACUUGUUGAAGAAAUGUUUGAGGAAUCUCAGUCUAUUGCAUCAGAUAAAGCGAGUGAAAGUGGACAUGGCCUAGAAAAAUUUAUACGUGAGGGUCGCAGUUAUAAUUCCGUAAUAGAUGCCGCUAAAAUACAACGUAAGGCUUUGUCUGUGCAAUUUAAUGAAAAAGAUAUGUCUGAACAUGAUGAUGAGCAAGACCAUUAUUAUACUAAAAUAAAAGGUAAAUGCCCCAAACUGCCAAAAAGCAGAACAAAAAUUCUACAACCUUAUAAUCAGAGCGCAAAAUAUUUAAAACCACUUAGGGUAUGCUCAAAGAAAGUACAAGAAGAUAAAAUCAAACAGAGCUACUUUAGGGACCUGGCACUUAAAAAACAAAAAGAUCUGAUUGCAAAAAUAGAUAAGAUAUUGCAAGGGAGAAGAAAUAUCGAACUCCUUCGCAAUUGGCAAAAAGACUACAAAUAUAGACAAAUGACACUGUCAUGCGAUAAUGACACUUAUAAACUGAUACCCAAGGUCUAUCCUUACGACACUAACCCAGAAUAUAUGACGCUCUUAUCACGGGAGGACAUAGAAAAAGAUUUACCGGAUAAAUAUAAAAGGAAAUUAUUCAGAAAAUCCAAACCUACUGUGCCUAGAAAAAGUAAUAAUGAUGUGCAUUUGGCAAUGAAAAUUAAAGAAUUGUUUGAAAAUUUGGAAGCCAUUGAUUUGAAUAGAGACACUAUGUCGCCUAGAACUGAGCAAAAAAUUUUAUUAGGUGAAAUACAAAAGAUAUCAGAAAUAAAGCAAAAGCUGCUAGAACUUUCAACUACAAACACGAGAUCUGUCACAAUAGAA